CUCAGAAUUUAACAAUCUUUUUAUUCUCUGUUGAAAUUUCAAAUUAUCAUAUACCCAUUUUCACUAAAAAAUUUUUGGUGUCAUUUUUGGUAAUGGUGUUGGUACAACAGGAAGACGAAAUAAGGGUGGGUGCAGGGAAGAAGGGAAUGAGGCUAGGGAAAUAUGAAGUGGGGAAGACACUUGGUGAAGGAAAUUUUGGUAAAGUGAAGUAUGCUAGACAUGUAGAGACUGGUCAAUCUUUCGCCAUUAAAAUUUUGGAGAAGAGUCGGAUCCUUGACCUCAAGUCUACUGAUCAGAUCAAGAGGGAGAUUGGAACUUUAAAACUCCUCAAACAUCCUAACGUUGUCCGAUUAUACGAGGUCUUAGCGAGCAAAAGCAAGAUUUUCAUGGUGCUAGAAUACGUGAAUGGGGGUGAAUUAUUCGACAGAAUCGUUUCCAAAGGAAAACUCUCAGAGGCCCAAGGUAGGAAGCUCUUCCAACAAUUGGUUGAUGGCGUAAGUUACUGUCACGACAAAGGUGUCUUCCACAGAGAUCUCAAGCUAGAAAACGUCCUCAUUGAUUUGAGGGGAAACAUAAAAAUAACGGACUUUGGGCUCAGUGCGUUACCCCAACACUUUAGGGAUGACGGAUUGUUGCACACCACUUGCGGUAGUCCAAACUAUGUCGCUCCAGAAAUUCUUUCUAACAGAGGAUAUGAUGGCGCGGCAUCUGAUACCUGGUCAUGUGGUGUUAUCUUAUAUGUUAUUCUCACUGGUUAUUUACCCUUUGAUGAUAGAAAUCUUGCCGUACUUUAUCAAAAGAUACUUAAGGGGGAAGUUCAUAUACCAAAAUGGCUAUCUGCAGGAGCAAAGAACCUCAUAAAGAGGAUUCUUGAUCCCAACCCGCAUACUCGUAUAACAAUGGCACAAAUCAAAGAAGAUGCAUGGUUUAAACAAGACUAUACACCUGUAAACACUGAUGAUGAAGACUUGGAAAGUGAUGAUCACGUCUGCACCGUGCAUGAAACGGAUGAUCACGUCUGUACCGUGCAUGAAUUGCCACUUGAUGCUCAAAGAGAUCCCGAAUCGCCUUGCCUUAUCAAUGCCUUUGAACUUAUAGGAAUGUCAUCAUGUCUGGAUCUUUCUGGAUUUUUUGAGAAAGAGGAUGUUUCCGAGAGGAAGAUCAGAUUUACAUCCAGUCUCUCUCCAAAACAGUUGUUGGAGAGGAUUGAGAAUAUGGUGACACAGAUGGGAUUUCAUGUCCAGAAAAGACACGGAAGGUUGAAAGUGAUGCAAGAGCAGAAAGGCCACAAAAACCCGGCUAGUCUAUUGGUAGUUGCUGAGGUCUUCGAGAUUAGCCCAUCCUUGUAUGUUGUAGAGUUACAAAAGUCUUCAGGGGAUUCAACAGUAUAUAGACAGAUGUGUAAUAGGUUAUCGAAUGAUUUGGGAGUCCACCGUAAUGAGGAGCUCCUACCUACUGUUUGUUGUGAUAGCUAGACCAUUUGCAGCGGUGACUGGAUACAUUCUUUCGUUCUUUUUGUUCCUAUUCUCCUGCUCUUGUUGAGUAGUAGCAGGAGUUGUGAGCAGUAAGCACACCCUUCAAGUUGGUUGGUUGAUUCAUCAGUUUCGCGAGAUUAAAGUGUACAGUAAGGAACAACAUGGCGGAAAUCGCCUUUUAAGUUAGUACAUUCAAGUAAAUCUGUAUCUUAUAGUGUCUAUUAUUUAGUCUCUAGGCAAAUAUUUUCUUUGGAACAUGGCUAUAGUAGCCUAGUUGAUUUGUAAAUUUAGCAAAAUUUGUAUUCUGUAGUAUCAAUUAUUUGUAACUUGGUCUUUACUUUGAAAGACUCCAAGCAAGAUGUCCUUUUUUGAAAAAAAAA